AAAUAUUUACCACCUAUUCAAUAAGACCUGAGUGAAACGAGUAUCUGGUCCAAAAGUGAAUACAUAUAUAUAUACAUUCAUUUCCCGGUAUAUACUUUAACGACGCCGUGCUUUAUCUCUAUGAUGGAACACGCUGCAACUACCGACUAUUUAAACUCCAUUUUUCUUUUGUCCAUCUUCAAUCAUGGACACGGUACCGAGGUUUACUGAAUCGCAUAUAUCGAAUGUCCAACGUUCCUGGCCAUUUCUGGUGUCGAGCGAUUUUUGGCCUUCGUUCUACAUCAAACUAUUUCAGAAGUAUCCGUUGUAUCAGCUAGAAUUCGACCGUUUCGCCCGAGUACCGGUUAACGAGCUCAUAUCGAAUGGCCAUUUUUUAGCGCACGCUACCAGGACAGGCAAAGUUUUUGACACCACUAUUGGACUUCUUGGAGAUUUCAAAGUCAGCCAGAAAGCCCUCGAAGACCUCGGGGAAAAACACAAGAAAUUUCGUCUGACGACCGGACACUUUGAGGCUGUCGAGUUAGUACUAAACGAGAUAUUAACCGAUCGGAUGACGACAGAACACACAACAGAAACAGGGUCGUCUUCGGAAGAGCUGUUGGAGUCGUGGAAAGUAUGUGUGUCCUGCGUGAUAGGAACCAUCAAGGAAGCGGCCGUGGUCGACACAUCGUUGCCAGUCAUGGUUGCUGCUGCAGGAAAUUCUAUUAAAAAAACCCAACACUACCAAUAAGACCAAAGGAAAGAGCUGUAGAUGAACACUCAUGAUGCUCAUAUUUUAUGAACGUGAUUUGGAUUGUAUUAGUAUGCCUAAAGUUGUAUUUCUUUUUUAAAUUAACGUUAACUUUAAGUUAAAAGUAAAAAUGUAUUUAGUAUAUUUAAUUAAC